AUGGAUAUUCACUGCAAAACAGACCCCUUCCUGGCGAUGCACCGGCAUGGGGGUCUGAACCAGCUAGGCGGGGUGUUUGUGAAUGGCAGACCUCUGCCUGAUGUAGUGAGGCAGAGAAUUGUCGAGCUGGCGCACCAAAGUGUCAGGCCAUGUGACAUCUCCCGCCAACUACGGGUCAGUCACGGCUGCGUCAGCAAAAUACUCAGCAGGUACUAUGAAACCGGCAGUAUUAAACCCGGAGUUAUUGGGGGCUCCAAACCAAAGGUGGCGACUCCUAAAGUAGUUGAUAAAAUCGCAGAUUACAAGCGUCAGAACCCCACCUUGUUCGCUUGGGAGAUUCGAGACCGACUUCUGUCCGAGGACGUCUGUGACAACGACACCGUUCCCAGUGUGUCAUCCAUCAACAGGAUUAUUCGCACCAAAGUCCAGCAGCCAUUCCACCCAUCACCUGACGGUUCCAUAACACCACUCUCCACGCCUGGACACACCAUAGUCCUUAGCACGGCCUCUCCCCCCGUGACCGGCGCCUCCAACAACCCGGUAGGAUCCUACUCCAUCAACGGUAUCCUGGGGAUCCCCCGCUCCAAUGGUGAAAAGAGGAAAGGAGACGAUGUUCACUGGAGUGGCAACCACUUGGAUGGGCGGAAAAUAGGACAUUAUGGGUCGGAUGGCUCUGGCCAAUGCAGUGACUCUCAGGUCAGCAUGGAGAGUUUACGGAAGUACCUCUGGGCCGACGCCUUCACCCAGCAGCAACUGGAGGCUCUGGACCGGGUGUUCGAGCGGCCAUCCUACCCCGAUGUCUUCUCCACCUCAGAACACAUCAAACCAGAACAGGCAAAUGAGUCCUCUUUCCCAUCCCCGAACAGCAGUCUAGAUGAGACCAAACCCUGCCUAUCCACCAGCGCCAGCUCAGAUCUGGGCUCCAGCAUCUCACAGAGCUACUCGGUCAUCACAGGUAAGACAUCUUGA